AUGGAGAUUGAUAAUGUAACACCGACUCCUCCACCUCCACCUUCCUCCAAUAUUAUACCAACUUCAUCACUUGGGAAAAUUACGACUGCAACACCUACCACAUUUAAAUUUAAGAUGGGUAAUGUAGCUAGUACUGCGAAAACAUCGGGGUUGUUGCCCACACCCAUAUCGGCGAUUGCCGCGCGAACUAUCCAACCUCCUCCACCUCCACCACCCUCUACGCCACCUCCACCUCCUCCACCCCCCUCUACGCCACCUCCUCCACCUCCACCCUCCUCUACGACCCCGGCGCUACUGACUGCCACGACAAUGCAGCAAUUCCAACAACAUCAACAACCCUCACAUAUAAUCCCUCCUCCAACCAUUGGAAAGCAGUCCUCUGCUGGAGUCGGAAACGUCUCAACUGGUGCACCUACCACAUCUGCAACAGCUUUAUUACCCAACAACAAACACUCUCAUCCUCCACCACCACAAUCGAUUGUUGGAAACAACAAUGUAUUUCAACAACAACCUCCACCGCCACCACAAAUACCACAUCCUUCUUUUAUGCAUCAUCUCGGUCCCGGACACCCUCAUCAUCCACACCAUCCUAUCCCGCCUCCACCCCACAUUCCCCAAAUUCCACAUGGAGUUGCAGCUUUACAAUACCUUCACAGUCAAUUCCCCAAUAUACACCCGAGUAUAAUCCCACCACCCAUGAUGAUGCCUCCCCAUCCAUCCAAUAUGAUGAUGCCACAUGGUCGACUACCACCACCACCACCAAACCAACCGCAUCACCCUGCCAUGCCACCCAACAUGAUGAUGACCGCAAACACAAUCCAACAGCAACAACAACAUUUACUUCAACAACAGCAACACUUGCAACAAUUAAUACAACAAAAAUUACAACAACAACAUCAACAACAUCAACAACCACCACCUCAACAUCAACAAAUGAAAAUUUUAGAGACCAUGCCAACUCAAACUCUAUCACCUACCAAACCUCAUCAUCAAACUACUACAACAAAACAAAAAGAUGAAAAGGAUCAUCAUCACCAUAAACAACAACAACAACAAGAAAGAGAAAAACAAAUUUCUGAUAAUCAAAUAUAA